AAAAUCGCGCUGGGUGUGUAAGUGUUUUUAUUUUAAAAUGUCGAAGAUUAAUAUAGAAAACUAAUAUAAGUUUCGUUGUGGAGUCUAUAAAAAACCGCAUAGUGUGAAUUUAAUAACGUGAUUAAGUGCUGAAAAAAGUGGCGGUGGAUCACAUGACAAAUAAGAUCAAUGACUCCAGUGGUGGUUGACAGGAAGGGAACUCGGGAGUCGGGACUUCGUUUCGUCGUCUACUCUCUCAUUUAUCCGCGGCUGUUAGAAAAAACAGUCUGUGGCAGAAACUGCUAGUUGCCUAGUGUAGUGACAAUGGGAGUGAAUAUAGUGCAGUGUUUUGAAUGUGACGUGACAACAAUAUGAUGGAGACCGAGCUACCACCCGGCAGCUGCAAUUCAACUGGUCACCUGUCCACUAUUGGAUGGAAUAUACCAGGUCGCAUGCACCACUCGGCGAGCACGCCGGCGGGCGUCGACGGCGGCGCUCGCACGCCUCCCGCCACGCCCAAGAAAGGCGGCAAGAUGCUCGCCGUGCGCGUGCAGAUGCUGGACGACUCCAUAUCCAUGUUCCAGAUACAGUCAAAAGCACUUGGACGAGUAUUGUUUGAUCAAGUCUGUCGACAGCUGCACCUCCUAGAAGCAGAUUAUUUCGGACUCGAGUAUCAAGAUGCGAACGGAACUAAGUACUGGUUGGACGUCGAAAAGCCAAUGUGCCGCCAAGUUGGUCUAUCGAUGUUGGAGCCAACGUUAAGGUUUUGCGUUAAGUUCUACACACCGGAUCCUGCGAGACUCGAAGAGGAAUUCACACGGUAUCUCUUCUGUUUGCAAGUGAAACGAGACCUCGCACAGGGUUGUAUACAAUGCAACGAAAACACAGCAGCGUUGAUGGCCAGCUACAUCGUACAAGCCGAGUGUGGAGACUUCGUACCGGAAGACUACCCGGACCACACAUACCUCAGCGGCUACAAGUUCUUUCCCGGGCAAGAUUCAGAAUCCGAGAGGCGGAUAAUGGAGAACCACAAGAAACAUAUCGGCCAAAGCCCUGCGGAGGCGGAUUUGAAUUUAUUAGAAACAGCGCGAAGAUGCGAAUUAUACGGUAUAAAAGUACACGCAGCAAAGGAUCACGAGGGCGUACCGCUCAACCUCGCAGUUGCACACAUGGGAAUCGCAGUUUUCCAACACUUCACUAAGAUCAACACCUUCAGCUGGGCCAAGAUCAGGAAAAUAUCAUUUAAGAGAAAACGAUUUCUUAUCAAACUACAUCCGGAGGGAUAUGGUUACUAUCGCGAUGUUGUGGAGUUUUUCUUCGAAAGUCGUAACGAAUGCAAGAAUUUUUGGAAAAAAUGUGUCGAGAAUCAUGGCUUCUUUCGCUGCUCGAGCGUACCUCGCUUGCCCCGACAUAAGACUAGAGUUAUGUCUAGAGGGUCUUCCUUCAGGUAUAGUGGAAAAACACAGAAGCAGAUUGUUGAGUUCGUAAGAGACAACUACGUUAAGCGACAGACAUUCCAAAGGUCGGGCUCGUUCCGCACGUCGCGCUCGGCGGGCUCGUCGCGCGGCAACGUGUCCGCGCCCGCGCUCAACGCCAGCGUGUCCGCGCACCCGCUGCUGCCGCUGCCGCCCGGCUCCGACGCGAUUUCCCUGGAGUGGGACAAGCAACCUCACUACCUGGAGGCCUCUCUGAUGAUGAAGGGCUACUCGGCGGAGGAGGCGCGUGCGGCGGCGCGCCGCGCAACCGCUCGCCCACCCCCACCAGCUACCGCCUUCGCCUCCACGAGGGACAAGCUAUCAAAACUGUACUGCAAUCAAAUACAAGCGGGUCCAGAAGUAGUGACCCAUGCCGAGGUCAAUCAUCAUCCUAUGGAGGAUUCGCUUCCGCCUCAUCAGAUGACGACACCGUUGACAUCUCCGGAGAGUACGUGGAUAACGGAUGCGGAGGACAGUGGGCGCGCGCGCGCUCCCACUCCGCCGCCUCGUGGGCCGCGCCCGCACACGCCAGAUGUGAGCCUCCAAGAAGAGGACCCCACGGUGUCGUCGGCGAGCCUGUGCGUGUCGCCGUCGGCCAGCGCGGCGGGUCCGCUCGGCGCCUCCACGCCGCUCGACCGGCGCGCCGACACCAACGGCUACCGCGAGCGACACGAGCGACACGAGCGCCUCGACAACCGCAGGGAUUGCGACACCGUCAAUGGGAACGUACACGUUAAUAUAGUGUCGGCGUCGACUCAUAAUAUGGAUGUUCUGAGCGGCGGAGAGAGCGACGCGGGCGACACGUUGUCGAGACGGAACAAUAAUAGCAUAUCAUCGGGCGUAGCGGGAACAGGCGAGACGACGAAGCGACGCGGAGACAUCACGUACUACGUCGCCAAGGAACUGCUUAUGACCGAACGCACAUACAAGCGUGAUCUCGAACUCGUCACCGUCACGUGGUCGAAGCGCGUGGGCUCGCUGGGCCGCGCGUCGGGCGGCGCGGAGGCGGCGGCGCUGGCGCGCGCGUGCCUGGCGCUGGAGCCGCUGGCGCUGCCGGCCGGCGCGCUGCUCGCCCGCCUCGACCGCGCGCUGUCCGCCGCCUCGCCCGCCGCCGCCUCGCCCGCCUCGCCCGCCUCGCCCGCCUCGCCCGACGCCGAAGAAAUGGAUCUGGAAACAUUGCUCGCUUUACCUGCGGGACCGUUUCUCGCUUACCUCGAUCGUGUUGUAUCUUGUAUCGAAUUACCGAUUCAGUGUAACGAUAACGAAGAACCAGAGUAUAAAAAAGUAGCGGAUUUACUACACGAUUAUUUAUCAAGUACAUAUGAUGCGUACGCGGCGUACACGGAGCAGGCGGGCGCGGCGGUGGCGCUGGUGGAGAGCGCGCGGCGGCGCGGCGGGGAGGGCGCGCGCCACGCCGCCGCCUUCGACCGCGCCGCGCCGCUGCCGCUCGCCUGCCUGCUGCUGCGCCCGCUGCACCGCCUGCACCACUACGAGCGCCUCGCGCACGAGCUAUGGACGGCGACGGGCAGCUCGUCGGCCCUCGCGGCGCUGGAGCUGGCUCGCAGUGCGUCGGGCGCGGCCGAGGAGCAGCUGCGCCACGUGGAGAACCAUGCUGCGCUUUGUCAGCUGCAGCGAGACCUCUUGGGGUACGAUAAGCUGUUGGUCGCCGACCGGGAAUUUAUAAGAUUAGGUUGCGUCUACACACACACUUCCAAAGGAUUACAACAAAGAAUGCUAUUCUUGUUUAACGACAUCCUCAUUCUGGCGUCUAAGUGUUCGAGCGGCCAGUUUCGCGCUCACUCGGUACUGCCGCUGGACCAGCUGAGCAUCGAACCUACCGAGUUACCCCAUUCAUUUGUGAUCAAGGGCGAGGACUGCCGGCUGACGCUGAGCGCCAGCGGCGAGGCGGAGUUCCGCGGCUGGCGCGCGGCGCUGGGCGGCGCCGUGCGGGCGGCGCGCGCGCGCCCCGCCGCCGACCUGCAGCUCGCGCACUCGCUGCACGACUACGAGGAGGCGGAGGGCGCGGGGGCGGGCGGCGCGGGCAGCGCGCUGGCGCACGUGUGCUGGCACCGCGCCGCCUCGCUGCGCCGCGACCAGCUGCAUCGCGCCAUGCGGAGCCAGCUAUCCGGAUAUUUGUUGCGCAAGUUCAAGAAUUCUCACGGCUGGCAGAAACUGUGGGUGGUGUUCGCGAUGUUCACGUUGUUUUUCUACAAGACCUGCCGCGACACCGCGCCGCUUGCGUCGCUGCCGCUCCUAGGAUACACCGUUGGCGCACCGUCUCCCGGUGAUGGAAUCGAUAAAGAAUUCGUGUUUAAACUGCAGUUCAAAAAUCACGUUUACUUCUUUCGCGCCGACAGUCACUUCACAUACAAUAGGUGGAUAGAAGUCUUACAAACACCUAUGGUUUCAGAAGACAAUUAAAUCUACAAUAUUCAACCAACACCAAGUUUGUGAUAACAAAAUAAAAUGAAUCAUGAAAGGAUAUAUGUAUCAUAAAUGAAAUAAAACAAAAUACCAUUACAAUUGGUGCCAUAAAGCUUAUAGAAUUGUUUGUAAAAAUAUACACGAACUUUAAUGUCAAAAGUGAUGUUAAUAUAAGUUCUUGCCUAUAUUUAUUUUCGAAUAGAACUAAACUACCAAUGUAUUAUAUGUUUCUCUAUACUGCGUAUAAUAAUUCAUGCCAUAAAAGUCUCAUAUUGCGCGCUCUUUUUCACAUAUGAUAAUAUCACUACGCCUGCCAUAAAGCCCGUUAGUGCGAGGGAGCGCGCAAUAUGCACUGCUUUAAUGACAACAUGCCACGAAAUAUUGUACAAGGUAUUAAGCGUUUCGUUGAUCGGUGUUAAGUUUGAGACGUCAGUACAUAUGAUAAGUUUAAAAUAAAAAGACAAAUCGAAUACGACGAUGACUUGUUGCGACUGUCGCACAAAAAGUGUCACUUGUCCUUGAAAAGGGUAAGCAAGAAAUAUAAAUAAAUUACAAAUUAUACAUAGUGUCAUUAUCAUAAGAAUAUUAAAUGCGUAUAAGCGAAUAAACUUGUGCAGAAUGCGAGGGAGAUGCAACAAGAGAGAGAGAGAGAGAGAGUGAGAGAGCACGAUAUAUUUAAAUAAAUGAAUGACUAGUUCAUAUGAUUAUUUAUAUUAACAUUUGUACAAAUUAUGCAAAGACAAUAUACACUUUCAGUCAAAAAAAAAUAUACGAAGAGUGAAAGGGUGAGAAAAUAGAAAUAUACUUAUAAAAUAUAAUAAACAUUUGUAUCAAAGAUAGAAUCCAUCAUAAUAACUUAUUAGAUAAUACGUUAAGUAUUUAUUUCCUAAUAACUUAAAUAUUGAUCAAUUAUUACUAACACACGAAUGUAGUUUAUAAAAAUGUUAAGUAUGAUUGCUCAUUGCUAUGUCCUAUGUAGUAAGGAACGAAGAACUGAUGAAUAUAGUACAAUAUUAAAUAAGGCGUGUUAGAGUUGGACAUUCCACGAAUUUAACGAAUAUAAUUUGAAUAAAACUUUUAUAACUUAAUAAUCAUUUUCAUAACUGGUUUGGAAAGUGGGCAAUUGUUUUUUUUUUCUAUUAUUUUGAGUAAAGCUUCGUCCACAAUGGACAGAAUAAUUAUAAUUACAUGUAUUUAUCGACAACACUUGGACUGUGUAAUACAAAAGCUUCUUAUCCAUAGAAAUCAUUGAUGCAUCGAUACGCCUUUAUGCCGAUACGAUACCGAUACCGAUACACUUAUCGAAUUUAAAUAAAGGUAAAAUAAAUGUAAGUAGACAUGUUGAUUGAUUGUUUUUUAUUAAUAAAUAAAAUGAUUAUGUAAAUAAAAAAAAAUAUUAAAAUAAAACGUUACAGACUUGAAAUGUGAAUAUUGGUAAUUAAGCUCAGUAAUUAAGGUUCAUUAAUAAGAGUUAGUAUCGUUGUAUCGGGCAGCAAAAUAUCGCCGAUACCGAUAUAUCGGAAAACCUGCUGUAUCGCCGAUAUAUCGGUAUCGGAUGCAUCCCUAAUAGAAAUACUAGUAAAAGUUGUAAGAUUUAAAAAAAAACAUUUAUAUAAUGAUUUUACAGUAACUCUGUUACAUAAUGUUAUGCAUAUUACUUUAACGAUAUUUCGAGUAUUUUUUCUUAUAUAAUUGCUUUAUCUUUUUGAAUCUGAAUAACUUUUAUUAGUUUUUCGUGGAUUGGAACGUUUCUGCAACCGUUUUAUUUCAAAGCAAACUUCAAGUAUCUUACGUACACAAGAUGCUUGAAAUUAGUGUGAUGAUUGUUCUUAGCUUUUGUUGUGCGAAUUGACCAAAUUCAAUCAAGUUAUUAUUUUUACAUAAAUGAUAUAAUAACAAAAUAUAUAGCAAUGUAAUUUUUAUUCAAGAGUUAUGCAGAAAUAACCAAAACUAGGCUCGUAAUAAAAUGAGUAAUUAUUUUAAAUUCAUAUGUAUAGAAUAUCAUUCCAUACAAUUUUGCAAAAAAUAUUACAUAUUAAUAUCAUCGUCAUCGAUACUGUUAUUGCAAAAAAUUUGUAAAUUAUUUUUGAAAAUAAUAUAAAUAAAAUAUACACGUUUCGUAUAAAAAUGUAUCUCUGUAUUGCAUUUUAAUGUAAUUAAAAAAAAAUACUUAAAAAACAAAAAGAUUCCAAUAUUUCAUUUUCAUACAACGAACAAAAUUACGUGUUCAAACGACAUCUGGUGGCCUAAAUCCUAACUAAUCAUAAGUGAGGAAGUGAGUUCGUUUAUAACCCUUUAACAUUUUGACUCCCGAUCGUAAUGACAUUUUGUAAACAUGUUUCAGUUGCACAGAAAGAACAUAGGGUACCUAACACUUGCCUUAUUAUCCUCAUACGCUGGCUAAGCCUCGGGCGAAAACUAUUAACGAUUAAUUAUUAAAAUCAAAUUUAUAAUAAUUUUGUAGUACUUCUGAGAAAACUCAUUAAAAAAUUUAUUUUGCACAUACCAUAUACCAAAUGGU